AUGGCUGUCUCUUUAGUGCAUGCGCGCAGCGUGUGGGAUGGAGAGGGCCAUGUUGCAGUGUCUGCGCUUGACGAGCUGCAGCAGUACCACUGGAGUGCGGACGUCGCCACGCAGCACGAGACGUCUCCAGAAGGCCUUGUCUGGAGGGCGCCUAGAGACACUCAUCCCGGCGAAAAGCUGUUUGUGAACUACGGACAGUACAAUAAUGCUUAUCUUCUUUUUUAUUUCGGAGUUGAAAUAAAUGACAAUCCUUGGGGCCCCGCUUUUUUCUGGCGCACAGAAGCUGGAGAUACACCCCACGCAGCGCUGCCAAACGGAGUUUCUUCUGUCUCCAUUUUGCGCUCUUCUGUCUCCUCCUCAGCAGCACUUCCCGCCUGGCUGCAGCAAACCCAAUGGGCCCCCAAGGGGGGCCCCUGCCACCCCCCCUUGGGGGGCCCCCCUUGCAGGGCCCCCGAGCUGGAGUUCCCCGAGCCCCAGGCGGACCGGGUCGUUGCUGCUGAGCUGCGGAGCAGCAGCGGGGAAGCAGGCAUUGCAUGCGACCUGCGGGUCUUCACCUCGAGGGCCUUCGGAAGAGGGGCUUUUGUGCUUUCCAAGUUCGGGGCUGUGGGGGGGGUGGACCCCACAGUCUUCAAGUGCGUGCGGGUGUUGCGUUUUGGGGGGCUGCGAGAACCAGUGGACCAGGAGGCCCUGACCAUUGGUCUGUUUUUGGGGGCGUGUGGGGCGCACGACGGGGAGUUGGGGCGGGCGCAGCAGCAGCUGCGGGCGGCGCUGGCCGCCGUGCGCAGCCAGCUGCUGCUGCAGCAGCAGCAGCAGCAGCACGAAGCUGCGCAGGACUCCGCAGAAGAAGUCCACAGACUCCAAGCCAUGCUCAGGGCGGUCAACAGCAACAAAGACUUCACGCAAAACUGCAUGCAGUACUUCCAGCAGGCCCAGCAGGCCAUCAGCAAGGAAAGGGCCAAACUCAAAAGCCGCAGCAAACGCUCCCGCAAGUAG